GUUACUUCCUUAAUGACGUACCGACGUACCGCGAACGCGGUACGUGACACAGCUCCGCUAAUAUCGGUUGUUGGAAUAAACCGAAGCUCGAGUUUAGUCCGUUUCUGCUCGUUUUAUCGACCCAAUAACUGCAUAUUCCUUUCUGUCCGCCAGAGCUACGAGGACAGUAUGGCAGUUGACUGGCUGGGCUUUGGCUAUGCAGCUGCUGUUGUGCUUGGAGGUUUUAUGGGGUAUAAAAGAAAAGGAAGCUUGGCAUCAUUAAUAGCAGGACUGUUUUUUGGAACCAUAUCUGCAUAUGGGGCCUUUAAGGUAUCUACUGACCCUCAUGAUAUAUGGACCUCGCUUGCUGCUUCUGGUGCUCUGGCACUUGUAAUGGGGUUGAGAUAUAAGAACUCUGGGAAACUGAUGCCAGCAGGUAUUAUGACUGGACUAAGCCUCCUGAUGGUUGUGCGACUGCUGAUCUUCUGAAAAUCGCCAUGAUAUAAACUGCUCUUAAGAUAUUGUGUUACAUAUUGUACCAGCUCUGGAUCACGUAUGUACUAAUCACAUGUGAUAGUGCCACUGUUUGAGUAAAACACUUACCUUGUACAUUCCAAAUAAAGCUUAUUUUUUAAUCUCUUUACA